GUUCGGGUCGAGAGUCUGCUCAGUGGGCGCGCGCGCGGGGCCGGCGCCGAGCGGGAGCCAGAGCAUGCGGGGUGCGGCGCGGGCGGCCGGGGGGCGCGCGGGGUGGCUGUGGCCACGGCCCCCCUCCCCGGGCCCCGGCCCGCCGCCGCCGCCGCCGCUGGCGUUGGCCGUGCUGCUGGCCGUGCUGCUGGGCGGCGCGGGCGCGCAGUACUCGAGCGACCUGUGCAGCUGGAAGGGGAGCGGGCUGACGCACGAGGCCCACAGGAAGGAGGUGGAGCAGCUGUACCUGCGCUGCUCCGCGGGCGCGGUGGAGUGGAUGUACCCGACAGGCGCUCUUAGCGUCAACCUGCGGCCCAACACCUUCUCGCCCUCCCGACGCCUGACUCUGUGCAUCAAGCCCCUCAGGGACGCCUCCGGGGCCAAUAUUUAUUUGGAAAAAACUGGAGAGCUGAAACUGCUGUUUCGGGACGGGGACCACGAGCCCGGCCAAGUGCGCUGCUUCGGCUUCGAGCAGGGCGGCCUGUUCGUGGAAGCGACGCCCCAGCAGGACAUCAGCAGGAGGACCACGGGCUUCCUGUACGAGCUGAGCGGCCGGCGCGCCGGGUCGGACCUGCACGCGCUGUCGGCCCCGUGCCGGCCCUGCAGCGAUGCGGAGGUGCUCCUGGCCGUCUGCACCAGCGACUUCGUGGUCCGCGGCGCCAUCCGGGACGUCACCCACGCACCCGAGCGUCAGGAGUCAGCCAUCCACCUGCACGUGAGCCGGAUCUACCGGCAGAAGAGCAGGGUCUUCCGGCCAGCGCCCGGCGGCGGCUGGCGGGGGCGCAUCACCACGCUGCUGGAGUGCGGGGUGCGGCCCGGGCGCGGCGAGUUCCUCUUCACGGGACACAUGCACUUUGGGGAGGCCCGGCUCGGCUGCGCCCCGCGCCUGGAGGACUUCCAAAGGGUGUACAGGGACGCCGAGGAGAGGGGGCUGAACCCCUGCGAGAUGGGCGUGGAGUGACCGCCUCGGGGCGAGCGCCCGGCGCCCACGGAGUGUAACGCUCCUGCGCAGUCUGGCUGUGGAGCCCCGACCCAUUGAUUGGAAACGCUGUAAAAUGCAAACUAAGUUAUUAUAUUUUUUUUAAAAAAGAAACGUGCAUAGCA